GAAAAAAGUUGGAAAAAACCAUAGUGAAAAAUGGCGGCCAAGUCAAAGAAGCGGCUGUCUAAAAUUGAAAAUAAGCUGUUAAAAUUAGAAAAAUUAGAAUUAAAAGAUGUAUUUUGUUCGAUUUGUCAAUCUAUUUUAAUAGAACCCGUAACCUUGCCGUGUUUUCAUGAUUUUUGUCAACGUUGUUUCAAUGGUAGCAUAGAAAAUAAUGCUUUGUGUUGUCCGCUGUGUCGAUUGCGAAUUGGAUCUUGGCUGAGAACAGCAACAAAACAAAAGAAUUUGGUGAAUGUUGAACUUUGGAAUUUUAUCCAAUCGAAAUUUCCACAAGAAAUUGAAAUCAAAACUAAAGGCGAAGACAUCCAUUUGCCAGAAGACAUCCCCUUACCUAGGUUAAGUGAGCCUGGCGAAAUAAGGUCAGAAUAUGAGGCUGAAUUGAAACGCUUAAGGGCUGAGCGAGUAAGAUUAGAGCAAAGACACAUACAGGAAACUGAGUUAUUAAUCAAGAAAAUUCAAAGUGAAGAAGAAGAAGCACAUAAAAGGUACCUAGAAAAUAUAAAAAGAGAUGAAAUUUUAGCUCAGCAAAUGCAACAAGAUCAUUCUGAUCAUGUGCCGCCACAAAACACACCUAGGAGACCACUCAACAAUAAGCCUACUGCAGCAAAACCUAGACUGAAACCUACCAAGAUAGAUAAUUAUUUAUCUAAACUACAAAUACCCACCACUAAAGAUAACCUUCAAAUAAAUAAUGAAUCCAAUGAUAAUGUAAAUUCUGAUGAGUCCACACCCAAAACUCCGAUAGUCAAGCCCAUAAAUGGGACUUCACCAGAAAUGGUUCCCAGUUAUGGAAAAUUAAUGAAGAACUUUAUGGAUAAAAAAAAUAAACUUGGUCCUGGCUUAUGGAAUAAAGAAAAUGGAGAAAAUGUUAAAGAAAAGAAAGACGAUCCAAAAGUAGGUGAUAAAGAAGUAAGUAACACAGAAGACAAGGUUAAAGUAAAGGGCUCUGUUCCUUCUUUGCUUGUGUCUUUGCCUCUGCCAUAUACAGGAAUACUCCAACACAAAAUUAAUUUAGCUGAAAAUAGAAAUGUUGAGACUGGAAGUGUAGACUCCAUGCGACAGGAGUUAUGCUAUUUCAAACCUAUUGAAUCUACAACUCCUACAAGUUUUAAUAUGGGCAAGAACCUACCACUUCGAGUACCAGGACUUCGUAUAGAAAAGGAGUCACUAUCAUCUAGUAAUGAACCAGUACCAAUAACUCGGGCGCAAUACUUAGAAGGACUUUGUCGCCUCAGGAACUUAUCAUUAGCUAAAAAUUUGCCAUCAGCCUUUGUUAUUGCCCUAAAUAUUCUGAAAGUUCAAAAGGAACACACUGGGAAAUGUGAUACUAUGAGAUCGAAGGUUAAGAAAACUGCAUCUACUAGUCCUUGUGUUGCACCUUUACCAAUCAAGAAAAAUCCUAAUAGAAAUAAACAAACAAUUCAUAUUGAUGGCAUAAAUAAAUUAAAUAAUGAAAGUAAUCUUAGACGCACCCGCUCCAUGGGCAGCAUUUCAAAAGAUGAAAAUGAAACAACACCUAAGAAAGGUAAAAUAAAACAAAGGAAAGUAUCGUCUGAGAGGAAGCCAUAUUUACGAAGUGAUUCCAAAAAGUCAAGUACCAAAAAAGAAACAACCAGUCCAUUAAUUUCUGAAACAAUAAAUAACAAUAAAGUCAAUUUAGCUGUAAAAAAUUUGUCUAGUCCACUAAAAAAUUGUGAUGUUAAGAAAAUAUUGGAGGAACAGCUUAGAAUUGAAAAAAUAAUUGAACAAGAAAAGAAUGAUUAUGAAUUGGCUCGAAAGAUGGAAGCAGAAUGGAAUGGAAGGAGAAAUCCACGUAGGUCAACUAUCAAGCGACAAGUGACACUCAACUAUGCUCUUAGGCCCGCCAAGAAACUAAAGGUCUGAAUUACCUCUUUAGUCUGAAAGCAUUUUAGUUAGAAAAUUCCUGUGGUUGUUAUUUAAUUCUGUUUGUUAUUUUGUUUGUGUCAGAUGACUGAACGAUUGGUUUGAUGUUAAUAAUGAUGAAUAGGAUAAUUCAAAUGUUCAGAUAAAAAAAUGUAUAUCUCUAUUUAUGUUUGUAAUGUAGCAAAGCUUCAGUUGGAACAAAAGCAAUCCGUUUGGAUUAAUGUGACUAUUAUGGGAAUAAUUACUACUUCCUUGAAGACUGUAUGUAUGAUUGCAGCUUACAUUAUUUUUAUUUCUCACCGACUAUUAUUAAUCUGUUUAAGUAAAUUAUAUGUAUGUACAUUUUUAUGUAGAUAGAUGCUUAACUAUCUUAUUAAUUAUAUUAAAAUGGAAACGAUUAUAAUUUAAAUAGUAUGCAAUGUAUAAAUGACGUAAUGGUAGAGGUAGGUUUUUUAAUUUCCAAUGUGUUCCAAAAUAAUGUUGAUGUUAAUGUUGGGAUUUUAGCAAUGAUAUUACAAGAAUACGUUUACCAAUUGGUUAAUGAAAAUUAACUGAGACUGUCUUGCUUUUUGCAGCCAGCGUCAAAUAUAUGGGGCAUUCAGUGUAUUCAAAAGUAAAGAAGCAACCAAAAUACCUUACCAUACUAUGUAUGUUAUCGGUACAAACAGAGUUACUAUAAAGAUAUUCUGUCAUAAAUAUUGCUACAGUGAAAGACUCAAUGUUAUGCAAACAUACAAAAAUAUGGAACAUGUCACUACAAAAGUAAUGAGAUCAAAACAAAAGUUUGUUUGGUGUAAAAACCUUUUUAGUAAUAUAUAGUUAUUGUGUGAAUUCAAUAUUUAGUACAAAAAUUCUAGUUGUAAAAAUGGCAAAACUUGUACAAUCUUACUUUUUUCUUAAAUUUUAUGUUUCAUAGUAGCUCUAUUAUACAGAUUAUUUUUAAAUUUUCUAUUAUUAAAGUCGAGAAUAGCUUGCAAUUAUUCUUUGAAAGCAUAUUUUUAAUAUGAACAGAGAAAUAAAAAAAUGCAUGUCUUAUUGUAAAUUUUUGACAUGUUCAUGGCUUUACUUGACUCUAACUCUCACACAUUUUGUGUUUGAGGUUUACAUCUAAGUAGGUAGUUUAAUUGCUGUGCUCGUUGUAAAUGGGUAGGUACGUGCGAAUUAAUUUCUGAAACAAAAGACGGACCUACGACGUUGUGCUAAAAAAAGAAAAGGACGGCAAUAGUUUUCUAAUACUAUACGAUAUGACGAUAUAUGAUAUAGAUGUUGGACGUAAUACUUAAAAUGUCUAAGUCCUAAAGUUAAUUUACCUAAGUUAUUUUUGAACAAGACUUACAAUGCUUCGAUACCAUUGGUAGCUAAACUGCAC